UCCCAGGUCCAAGAGGAAAAGCAUCCACAGCAGAAUGCUCCGUCCAGUGUCUCGAGCCUUCGAGAUGGAGUUUGACCUUGACAAGGCCCUGGAAGAUGUUCCUAUCCACACAGAGGACCCUCCUGCUCCUACCCUCUCUAGGUUAGAGAAGAGAGGGGCCAUGGGAGAACUGCCCUCAGACGAGGCCAAGAAGCUGCAGCACUUCACCAAACUACGGCCUCGCAGGAACAAGAAGAUGCAGUCCAGUAAGAUACCGCAGAUCAGCAGCACCACGUCUCAGGACGGAGAGCAGAACGGCCUGCAUGGAAGGGUUGAUGAGGGGGUGGACGAGUUCUUCUCCAAGAAAGUCACCAAGAUGUACUCCAGACGUUCCCUAAAGACUUCAGACUCCCAGGAUGGGGAGAAGAAGAAGAGUAAAGGAGGUUUCCUCAACCUCAUCAAGUCUCGCACCUCCAAGUCUUCAGACAAAGACAAGUCAGAGAAGUCUACUCCAGCUCCAGCCCUAACCCCAGCUCCAGUAACCACCGUCCCCGAGGGGCCUUCCUCCCCUAAGACCUCCCUGAAGAGCCAAGCUCCAGAACCACCAACCAAGGUCAAGGAGGCCAAGACCCAGCCCACUCAUCCCAGCCAGAUCACCCAACCUUUGGACUGCAGCAGCAGCUCAGAGCGGUCUGAGGAGCUACGGACCCCAGACUCCAUGGAUGAGGUGUCAGAGGGGGACAGUAAGGGUAGUCCCCAGGGAGGGAGGCGCUACGGGGUGCAGGUGAUGGGGACUGGACUCCUGGCGGAGAUGAAGGCCAAGCAGGAGAGACGGACCUUCGGAUCACAUAAGGACCAGUACGACCAGUCGUCCAGUCCGGACAGCAGUGGCAGCGUGAAGGGCCAGCCUAUCCCAACAGAGAGCAGGUCUCCGGGUGUCUCCAAGGCAGAGGGGGUGGUGGUCGUCGGCUCCCCAGAGAAGAGCCCUCGUGGUGGGGAGGCCAAACCAGAGACGGUCCCUAGGAACCGCAUUACCUCCAGUUCCAGUCCUAAGCCCCCUCUUCAGGGCACCAAGCCAGCCCUCGCUGCCCGACCCUCCAUCCUUCAGAAGCCGCGCACCAGCAGUAGCAGGAGCAUAGAUGAGGUCUGUGACUCCCCUGGAGGGAACGUGUCUCCCAAGGGGGCAAUGCUGCCUUACAGCCUGAAGAGGGUCCCCUUGGACAAGGACAGGGAGGGACAGGGCAGUCCUCUACUGGGGGGCACGGGGAGCAACCCCUCUGCUCAGGCAGCAGUGAAACCAGGCUCAGUGUCAGACCCUGCCAAACGCCAGAGUCCCCACCGCCACAACUCUGAGGACAACGGCUCCAAACCCAAGGACCAAUCCCCCAACCCUGACAGAGACAAGGGACCGGGGAGAAAGUCUUCCCAAUCUGGAGAAGAGGCUGACAAAGACUUUAUUUUUAUAUGAGAAACUAAACCCUCAAUGAAUGACAGGUGCAUGGUACCUGCCUGUCAUCUCAAUAUAUCUGUUAUCAGGAAUCAGAAAGCAAAGACCCCAUGUCUCAAGAAGACUGUCGGGCAGAGUAACCCAUGUGAAGUGUUUCCCUUUGAUAGUACACGUUCACUAAUCUCAGUAAUACCAAGAUAAAUACGGCUAAAGCACUGUUAUGAUGAUGAUGCACUGUUGUGUGUUAAGUCACUGUGGAAAAUAAACAACACCUUUUCUGAAGGGGGAAGGAGAGGGACAUCCCUUUACAUGACUCAGAUAUCUCAUGGCUUGGCCAUGUGUGUUCUAUGUCAUCAUGG